AUGGUGUUAUCGUCGACGGCGGGGUUUCGCCCCCGUAAACGUGACGCUGGCGAGCUCGAGCCGGCGCUGCUGCCGGUGCACAAGCGGCCGGCGACCGAGCUCACCCAGAACCCCAAUUACCGCGUCACCCGCCUCGUGGCGCUGCCAGCGCAGGGCAGCGCCGUCUCCAUCGGCUACACCGACGCCAACACCGGCUACGGUGUCGCUGUCGUCGAAGACACCAUCCAGGUGUGGCCCUAUACUUUGGCCGACCCCCAUCCCCACAUAUAUCAGGUGCCAGCGCCGCAAUCGGACUUCCCGUUGGCGCUCGUCACCGCGCCGGCGCCCGACCAGCCGCGGGACCCAGGUCUCGUCAUUAUCAACAGCCAGACCGGCUUCGUCAAAUUCUUUGAGCUGGUGAAACACGCUGCUGCUCUUGAACUCAUUGAUAACAAGCACUGGGAAGCGCAGAUCUCUCUUGGCCUCAACGAAGCCGUCAGCCUCGCCGAACCGGCGGAGCCUGCGGGGGUAAUUGUCGCCACUACCCACGGGCGCUGUUUCCUUGUCACCUUGCGCGAUGUUACUGGUAAGCCCAGCUUAGACGUCGACUUGCUCCAGGUGCCGCUGGGCGUGGCGCUGAAGCUCUGGCGCUCGGUGUGGGGCGGCGCUCCUCCCGUCAUCCACGGCGAUAUCGUCAGUGUUCGCCCUGGCCGCCUUCAUAACCAGGGCAUGACCCAGGAAUUGGUGGCGCUUACUCGUCGGGGUGAGAUUCUGAUCUUCACCUGUCAGUUACUCCUGCUGCUGCGCUACUGCAGCGUCGACCCGCGGCGCCUGUUCCGCCACAGCAUGUUUGCCAGCGUUGAAGCUUCAAUUGAAGCCCAUAGACCUGGCGGCAGUGUCCACGUUGAGUUUUUCGAUGUCGCCCACACCGCCGACGACCACUACCUUGUGCUCGCUCGCGUCCAUCGCCACAACCCUCGCCUCAUGAUUUUCACCGUCAAAGUCGACGCUACCGGGGCGCUUGUCGUUGCUACCCACCUUUUGAAAGCUCCCGACGCCGAAGGCGACGGGUUUCUGCCGAAAUUAUUCUUGCCCUCCCCUAAGACCACUGCGUUUGUCACCGUGGGUAACUCAGUUUACUUAGCUGAUAUCGGCACCUCAUCGGGGUGGGAGGACCGCGUUGUCUUCCGCCGUCUGGUUACCAUCAUCGGCUACGGCGUCGAAAACGCUACUGACAACCAAAACGCCGCUGUCGUCGUCGUCACCCAGAACCAAGGGGUGGUGCGCAUCGAGCGCUUCCCCACGACGCCACUGGUAGAUCCAGGGACGGUGCUUAAGUCUCAUAUUGAACAGGGCGUGUUCUUCGGCGGUCUGAGCGAGCUUAGCUUUGACGUUGACGGCGCCAGUGUCCCUAACGGCUCGAUCAUCGACGCCGUCGGUGCCAUUUGCGAGGAGAUCAUGGCGCUGCUGUCGCCCUACAUGAACGCGUUGCCAGCGGUGCUGGAGACGCUUGAGCGCAAGAUUUCGUUGCUUCGCCAGCUACUAGACUACUGCGAAACCAAUUUUACCGCUAACGUGGUCGCUGAUGUAAUCCCAUUAGUGUAUGACGGCAUUGAAAAGCUGGCAGUGGCGUUGGCGUUAACCCAAUGCAUCGACAAGCUCCCCCACUUGCGCCCCGUGCUCCUGCGAGUGUGUGGUGGCGACAUCGGCGAGCGUUUCUCCAACGACACGGCGCUGAUCCUCACUGUGUUCACCGACUUCAUCAAGGAGCUCGAGACCAACGACGAGAAUUUGGCCAACGUCGCCUACAUCGUUGUUUCCACUCAAUACCAGGGUGUGUACGCCUACGAGCAGGAAAUCCCUGGCAACCGCCGGCGUCUCUGGGUGUUUGACACCGACUUGGUGUUCCGCAUCAGCGAUAUCUACUCCACCUACUACAACCACCCAGAGACCAUCGUCAGCCACACCGACGCCAUGGUCAAGUACUGUCAAGUGCUCUACUUCUACGCCGAGCGCGCCCUCGAAACGUUAACGGUGACCCAAGACCCACAAGAACAAGAAUACCGUCGCUGGUACAACGCCCGCAAGCACGGGUGGAUCGAGCCGUUGGUGGUGCACAACUUGACCGCUGAUGCCAUUGCCAUCACCGAAAGGUUCCAUGACUACGACAACUUGGUGUACGUUAUUAAUCUGUUAAGCGAAGACGACGCCAGUGUCGGCUUUACGCGUUGUUUUGACACCUUUGGCUACCCGUUCGCCGAGUCAGUUUACCGCUACUUCCUCGAGCAGAACCAGCCAAAGAAGUUGGUGGCGGGCCCGUUUGCCGAAUACCUGGACUAUCUUCACCGCUUCUUCCGGGAAAACCAGGACGCCACCGCUGCCAUUGCUUGGGUCGUCUACUUGAAAGAGGGUAAUUACGCUGCGGCAUCAGCGGCGCUUGUCCACUCUCAGCAGUGCUCGCAAAACGUCGAUACCCUCGCCAAUGCCCACACCAAGCUUUCUAUCGCUAAAUUGGCACAAGUGGCGGCGCCCGGCGGCGCUGUUGACGCUGAAGUGGCACAAGACUUAAAGCUUGUGGCGGCGCAGCGGCGUCUCCAUGAUGCCCUCAGCACCACUUAUAAGAACGUGAUGCCUGGUAAGGCCAAGUCGUCUAUAGAUACCCGCGUUGUCGAUUUUGACGCCGCGCUUGAACUUGUCGAGCCGCUGUACGAAACGGUGGCGGCUAACGCGCCUCUUCUGGCACCUGAAGACGUGGUCAACCUCUUGACGUUGCUUCUGCAAGCGGUCACUGGCGGCGUUCGUGCCUACGCCGAUGCGAUUGAGGUGGCGGCGCUUGUGGAAAACGCUGCCGACGCUGCCCGCCUCAGCCGCGUGGCCUGGCUCCGUAUCUUGGCGUUUGGCGACGACUGGCGAGUGAUUGAGCGUCUUAACCAACAAACCGAUGACGAGCGGCGUCUCGCCAUCCACCGGUUGACUCUCUAUAAGGUAGCGCUCUUAGUCAACCGUUUCGACGACCUUUACGCUGUGAUCGACGGCAACGCCGGCGACGACGUUGUGGAGCAACUGUUGGUCGAUACAACGGCGUUGGCUCAGCCGAAAUUGGCCCAGUGGGUCCGCGCUACCGUCGAGGAAGCCAAACGCUAUAAGUAA